CUCAAUAAUAAAGUUUAAAAAACUUAACAAACUAAAAUUAGCAAAGAUAAAACUGUGAGAUUUGACACUGCCAUGGCGUUGUCACCCGUUUGACACACCGCGGUCGUGUCAGCUCUUUCUCAGACGCCGCCCCACUGUAAACCGGACCGUUACACACACGCGUUAUCGUCGAGGUGUAAAGUCCAACAAAUGCCUAGCGUCGAAUACCCACCGCAAUGAUACGGUUAUCAGUCUUCUCCGUGACACUUCCUAUUUAUGUAGUUUGAAACUAUGUUUCUAGUUUGUAGCAUUCGGGAUACUUCCCACUACGGUUACUAUUGUUAUUACUGUGUGAUACUAUCAUCUAGUGCUAUUGGCAAUAUAAUGUUGUUCUUUUUAUUGAAUGUAUUGUUUUUGUAUUGUGCUAAAUAUGCGGUUCACGCCAACUGUUAUUUUAAAAACUUAGUGUCGCCCAAGUUAUUCAACUCCACCCAUAACAACUGGCUCCUCGGCAAAGAAUCAAAACCAGAAUAACUUAUUAAAAAGCAUGAGUAACACCAACAACAACUCACCCGCCGCCCUAUCCGUCGAGGAAGUCCGCCGAUUGGUUAGCUAGUUGGCGGGCACGGUGGGCCUCCCAGUGGAUCCCCUCCCCUGCGUUUUGUGUUCGGCAGAGGAUGCUGCUGGUGCCCUCCUACCUGAGGUAUAGCGUAACCCGGUGGCCCGCACCACUAUGAACAGGGUGUGCGAAUAGGUCAUGAGGAGGCGGGCGCGUAAUGCAAAACGUGCUGAACUCCCUCCCCCGCACCUCCAAUGGCAAGGUAGUGUGCAAGGGCCACACUACUCCAUUGAUCAGCAAGACUUCACGGUAUUAUUCUCCGUCCGAGCGAGAACGCCGGACGAAGAAAUACCGUGAGUACAUGCUUCGACGUUGGGGGGUCGUCGUCGGUGAGAACCUUUUCCCCCUACACCAACUGUAAGCACAACCACAACACUACCCAAACAAUCAACUCAUCAACAUCAGCACCACCAAUAACAACAGCUGCGCAGGCUCCGUUCACCAUUGCGAGGAGACCGUCAGGGGUAUACGUGGACAUAGUAUUGGCAGUCCCCAUCAUCAACAUCAGCCGGGGUAACACACAGUAGGAGCAGCCGAUGGAGCUGGAUGACGACAGCCUGGUACGGGAGAUAGACUUGUUCAAAAUUAUUUUUUUGUGUAAAACAGCUCAAGAAAGAACUAUUAUAGUUACAAAAAUAAAAUAAUGAUUAGGUCAAAUAUUAUUAAAGAUUUUUUGUGAGGCUUAGCUAAGGAAUCGCUCAGUAAAUUAUUAAUUGAGUAUUCACUAAAAAUUGUCGAUAUAUUUAAUUUAAUCCGUCUUAAUGUGAUUCUUAUGAUUAAAAAAUCAUUAGACUCUGAUGAAAUCACAUCCUGUGGGACAAUGACCAUCAUUUGUUCUAUGAUUAAUCAUUCAAAUAUCAUAAUUUCUUUAAGUGUUUUAAGUAAAAAAAUAAAACAUGAUUAAAAUAAGAACACAAAACAAUUAGAUCAUUUAUUUAGAUAAUUAUUUUUGUUUUGUUUCUAAUGUUACAUUAUCUUCAAGGAAUUUUGAAUUAAACUUCUGCAGUUUACAUUUUUUUUAUAAUUAGUUUAGUAACCAAAUGAAUUUAACUAUUGGCUACAAAUAUCUGAUUUCUAUUUGUAUCACCACGUAAACCACUAGCAUCGAAUAAAUACACAAAGGCUAAUUAUUUCUCUUAUUUUCGUUAGAAAAUUUUUGUGAGCGUACAGGAAAGUUAGAUAAUUUAUUUUGUGUUACUAAAACUGUACAAAUUGCAAACUUUCAUUUGAUAUGGAUGCUUUCAAAAAAAUAAAAAAUUAUUAUGUCACCAUCUUUUCUUUUGUAAACUUAAUAUUGAAAGGAAUUAGACAUAACUUAGGUUUGGACACAACAUAUUUCAGCUCAUAUAGCCAAACGGAGGAAUUUCAUCCAGAGAAAACACCUUUACAUACGUUUGUAGAAUUAUCUUCUCGAGGAUACGAUCUAAAAUUUAAAAAAAAUGGAUAUUCAGACGUUAAGAGUGAUUUGAAAAAGACUAGAUCUAGUCCUUACAAUAUAUAUCAAACAUUUCCUUUUAGAAAUAUGUCUUCCGCUGUGUUCAAAAGAACACCAUCUCCAAGACUCAAAGAACUUAUUGAAAAGUUUGAUAGCUUCUUCUAUGAUAAAGGUCUAAAUUUGUCAACAAAUGCCGUACACAACAGCAAUGUGUUGAUAAAAUCAUUUGGUAUUAGAAAUCAAUUGUGACCAAAAAGAUACAUCUUAUAAUGUGCAACUUAAUCAAGGAGAUGACUUAUAGCCCAUGAUUAACGGAAGCAAUACAAGUAACAAACCCAAUUCGUUUUUGAAAACUGAAUAUAGUUGUUCAGACGUUAAGAUUGAUUUGGAAGAAACUAGAUGUAGUCCUUCCGAUACAUACUGAACAUUUCCUUUUAGAAAUAUGUCUUCCGCUGUGUGCAAAAGAACAACAUCUCCCAGACUCAGUAAGUCAAUAUAUUCACUCAUAGUUCUAGUAGGUACUAAUUUCUUAUUUAAAAAAUAAUCAAAAUUUCUGGAGAACUUAUAGAAAAGUUUGACAACUAUGUAAAUAAUUUAAAUACAUCUUCAAAUACUGCACACAACAGUCCUGAAAUCAAAAAAAAACUUUUGAUUUUUAAAAUAGAUUAUAUAAUAGGUUGUAUAAUAAAACUGUUGUGUCAUUAAUGGAAGCAAAAUUAAUAAUAUCCCAGUUUAAUUUUUAUAUUUGGUAUGAUUUUGUAGAAGUCUAAAUCUAAUUUUAUCCUAUAUUUCCUUUCAAUAAUACAUGUUUACAAAUUUGAAACGCAUUCCUUUUAAAAACGCAGUAAGUAA